GGAGCGACGCGAUUAUUUUGAGUUUAUUGCUCCUUUGAAAGGGAAUCUGCGGCCAGUGUCGUGAAGACUUGUUUCAUAGGUGUUUGGAUUGCCCACCUGUGAGAGCUCGAGUUCAUUUUUUACGCUUCCCCACCAGAAGAGGAGGCUAGUCGACUGGAUAAUAUCGAAGCCGCAGAUCGCCUGGAGGCCAACAUCUUCCACACAAUAGCAGAGGGGCGCUUCUCUCAUCUGUUGUGCGAGUUGCUGCAGCAGCCGCAGUUAGUUGAGAAGCACUUCUCGCAGCAGCAGCAGCGAAAUAUUUUCGAGCGCCGAUUAUUCACCUGUUGUGUUUACAAACAAAAACACGGCAAGCAAAACUCCGCGCCGAAAGUUCUGUUUCCCGCAACAUGUGCAUGGCUCAAUAAGUUAUCAAUUGACUCCCCUUCUUUCCAUCAUGCUAAUCCAGCUUAUCCUGCUCGUCCCCACCUUAUUCGUGCCAACCCCAGUAUCGUGCGACACCCCUCAGACAACUAUCGGCCCCGUGAUUCGCGACACGUGCCACAACAGUUCAUACUACUACCGGCAUGAGUGCAUCUGCUUCUCCGACUCGCAAAUCCACUGUCCUGGAGAGUUCACCGCCUUCCUCACGGUGGACGCCGCGCAGACUGUGCCGUCGCACAUGCUGAUUCAGUGCGAGUCGACGUCGCCCCUUCCCGAGGCCCUGGUGCCCUCGUCGUCCACUAAGACGGUAGUCCUCACGGACUGCACCUUCGGAGAACACCCCUUGCUCAGCAAGCCGGCACUGCACGUCACUGACUUUUCCAUCUACUGCCGGCCUGGCUUCGAGUAUAGACUCUACUCAAGCAACUUUGAAAAUCUGAAGAACCUCAAGUUCCUGCACAUUUGGUGUCCCAGUUUGGUGUCUGUCAGCGGCAAUGCGUUUAAACACGUUUCCAACGCCCUCACGCAGCUGACCAUUCGCGGCUCACAGCACUUGCAAACUCUGGAGGCCAAGUCUUUUGAAAACCUCAAACACCUGUCCACCUUGAAAAUUAAAGACAACCAGAACCUGAGCAAGCUCCCGGACAGUGUUUUUGCGGGGUUGAAGGAACUCAAAACCUUAUCUCUCGACCGCAACGCGCUCAGCAAACUGCCUUUGAAUAUUUUUGACGGGCUGGAAAAGCUGACCGACUUGUCGAUCGUAGGAAACAGUUUGCUAGUGUUGGAGCCAGCCGUUCAACCUGGGUCUAUCCCCGUGCCAAUUUAUUCUGAAAGUGGGCAGCAGGUUACCGACUACCAGGUCGACAAAGACUCAAUUUUAAAGCCUUUGGUGUCCCUAAAGGAAUUGAAUCUAGAUUCGAAUGUGUUGCCACGUUUGGAUGUACUCAACCAGCUGAGAAACUUAACUCGAUUGUCGUGCCAAAACUGUUCCCUGAACGCUGCAGGUCACAAUGCAAUUGCAAAUCUGAGUCACAUUGAAUACCUUGAUUUGUCCAACAACUCGAUUACAAAUUUGCCUGGCGGUUUUCUUAGGGCUUCCAGCUCUCGACUUUUGUCACUAACAUUAACUAACAAUGAUGUUCCUCGUCUAAUUGUGUCAGAACAAACUUUUGAGGGGCUGAUGGUUUUGCGACAUCUGAACCUUAGCGCUGCCUCCUUACACAAUAUUCCACUGAAGUCUUUUAAAGAUUUAAAGAAGCUGAAGGUCGUGGACUUGUCGCGAAACAAAAUCCAAGACUUACCAGGGGAUCUUUUUGAAGAAAACGAAAACUUGGAGAAAGUUAGUUUUGCGAGUAAUUCCAUCUCAGUCUUGCCGAAUGAUCUGUUCGCAAAUUUGACUCAAAUGAGAGAGCUGGACCUUUCCGACAACCUGCUAUCCCGCAUCCCCUCUUUCCUUUUUGAGGAUUCCCUCAGCAUCACAAAACUGUCCUUCAGCGGGAACAACAUUCGGUCUCUUGGAACGUACGACCUACUCGGCCUCUACAGCAUCGAGCACCUAGAUAUUUCCAAUAAUUUUGUGUCCACCGUCGAUCCCGACACCAUGUUCAACAUUGCAUCGAGCAAGAGAAAUUACAUGGAGUCUAGUAUCAAAGCGAAAUCACGCAAACAGACCACACUGAGGCACCUGUCGAUGGCCAAGAACAAGCUGAAACACCUGAACCAUAAUAUAUUCUCCACACUAAAUAAACUGGAGAUAUUGGAUCUGAGUGAAAAUUUCCUAACGUCGGUGCCAAAUUUACAUCAUUUAAUGAAUUUGCGCGUGUUAUCCUUGGCUGGCAAUCAGAUUUUGGAGCUACAGAGCCCACUUUUUUCGGACGGCUCAAAUUUAAGAUCGGUUUCUUUUAGUAACAAUAAGAUUCACCAAUUUUCUCCAUCCCUUUUCACGGGGCUCGACUCGUCUCUUUUACACGUAGAUUUUUCACACAACGCCCUGGCGGAAUUUAACACUCCGGCGCUGGCUGGCUUGAAAUCUAUCACGCACUUGGACUUGUCAUACAAUCAGUUGACGAGCGUCGAUUUUUCUGCGAUUCCGACCAUUAAUUGGAUCGAUUUGUCCAACAAUAAUUUGACUUUCAAGGAGUCAGGAUGGGUGUUUUAUCGGCCCUUUGGCUCAACGCAGAGACUAUCAAAGCACAGUGGUCAGUGGGGUCGAAUGGCGACUUUCUCUAACUGCACCGAGCUCCAGUAUUUGGCUUUGUCAAAUAAUAUGCUGUCACAAAUUCUACUUGAUAUUCGAAGAUUAGAAAACCUUCGACAUUUGGAUUUGACUCACAACAACAUAACACAAAUCGAAUCGCAAGAUUUGCAAUAUAUGUCAAACAACAUCACGGUUGAUCUGCGAUACAACAAAAUUUCUUCACUGCAGCUGCGGCAAGAGGAUUUUGAAUCGGACGGCAAGACAUACGCAGACUUAAAAAGUAACGUGCGAAUUUUGCUGGACCACAACCCUGUGUCCUGCGAUUGCAAUCUGCCCAAUUUUUUGCGCUACCUACACGGUGACGCAAGGUUAGUUUCACAUGACAAAAUGCAAACGGCGCAGCUUGUCGGCGAAAACCUGGCCUGCUACUUGCCGGUUUCAAUGCGCGGAAAAAAGUUGUCAGAAAUUGAAACUUGGAGCCAUUACUUGCUGCCUAUUUUAGGACUGUGCAGUACAUUUCAGUGAUCAUGUAAUAUAUAUUUGAAACAUUGUGGGAGCGAAGCAAGUAACAAAAUUGAAUCGACCGGGUCUUGCAUUUAUUUCUAUGAGAAAUAUGAUUGUACAAUUAACUUUGUGUAUUUAUGUCAUUAAGAUUUGAUGUGAUGGUCUUCCUUUCUGUUAGAGCAUUAAUAUUCACAUUAAUCAUACUCGUCCAGUAACGUUUGGUAUCUUUGCCUAAUAUCAAAAUUAUGAAUAUUCAAUUUGAUUCAAUGCACGCUCUUCUUAAAUGUGUUGAAGUAAUGAAAUUGUAUAACGGCACUAUGUGUUAAGAAAAUUUAUUUGUCGUACGUAUUUGUUUCUCAUAAUUUUUAAACUGUGUUUUUUUGUCCGUUUUGUCACUCAAAAAUUACAUUAUGAAAUAACAAAAUUGCUACUUAAAUUUAA